AUGAAAGUGCAUCGAAUAAGGUAACAUUCGGCCUUUUAGACUUGAAACUGAAUUUUUAAAAUACGAAUGACUCGAAAAAUUCGUGUUUUCAAAAGAGAAUUUUUUUUAGUAAAAUCAAAUUUUCUCAGCCUUGUUGAAAGUGCCAAAAUACUUAUUCACAUCACCUUGUAGAGCAGACAAUUCUCUACAAACUUGGCAAAGAAGUCCUGUUUCAAAACCCCUGCAACAGGAUGAAAAAUGCGCUAUAAGCAUUUUUUUUUAUAGGCGUACGAUAAGAACAACUAUACCAUCAUUCACCACGAAUUUUACUUUAAAAGGAAAAAAACAUUAUUUUUCUAACAAAUCGAGGUCGCUGAUCACGAUACAAGUGUUUUAGACACGUUUACGUCCAGCUUUUUUUUACUUUCUUUCUCUCUCUCUUCCAUAAAGACGGAGACAACAACACAGUGAUUUUUCUAAGAUAAAAGUGAUAAGUUUGUCCAUAUUGUUUGUGGUGUUUGUGAUGAGAGCACGGUAUAUUCUUGUAUUGUAAAAAGUAAGUCAUCGUCUUCGUAUAAUAUGGCAACGGCGGCUUUGCAUCGUAUGUGUGUCGCUGAUGAUCAUGAAAUUAUCACCACUCUUGGUGGAAAAGCAGUAGCUUUUUCAGAUUUAAUUAAUAAAAAAGUAAACAGAAUUCUUUUUCCUGACAGCGAAUCAGAAGCGGAGGCUGUGCUUCAUCGAAGCGACAUUAUUAUCAGUUCUAAAAUAAAUUAUCAAGAUUUGUUCGUAUGCCAGCCGCACUACCAUCGUCUUAUUAAAAAAUUCAAUCCUAAUAAAUACAAAAAAUGCUAUACAUGUAUUCCAUGUUCUAAGAAUUCAUUGAAUCCAAAGGCUGCAGGAACACCACAUACGACACUCAUACCGAAAGUCAAAGCAACUAAAAAUUAAUCUCAGCAAAAUUAGUUUACGUCUGGCUUUAUUAGUUCAAAGUGAUUAUCCAGAAGUAAAAAAUUCUUAUGGAGAGUGGAUAUGUACACAUUGUCGACAUCGUUGGCAGGGUGCAAUCCCUAAUGCGGGUGAUGAUGAUGAUGUAUUUGUCCCAAGAUCAACAGAAGCGACAGAAGAACAGCAAAGUGGAAAAGAUAAACGAGAAACUUUGAUUAAAUUUCUGAGAAUGUGUGGUUCGAAGAAAGAACCAUGGGUAACAAAAGACUAUAGUCGAUUUGGUAGACAAGUUAAAAAGAAUUUUUUAUCUAACUCUCGAUCAAUAAUCAAAACUGUCACAUCUUAUAUUGCUCCUAACGAUACUGAUGAAGUUAUUCAUGAUAUAUUUCAUACUAAAAAGGAUACGACAAACUGUAAAUUAGACAAACAAUUUAUUAGUGUAAUGGAAGCUAUAAGUGACGCAUAUAAUAACGCUGAAAAAUGGACGACACGUCGUGAGAUUUUAUCUGUCGUCGCACCUAAAAUAAACUACAAACUAGUACAGCCAUUCAUACCAGGAAUUACAAAGUAUCGUUCUUCUGCAGUCAGACGACACGCACUUGAAUUUGGUACAGGUAAACAUAUUGAAUCGACACCUGUUUUACGACAACGAUUUGAAGAUUAUCAAGUCGAACAUUUCAUCGACUUUAUUUUAUCACCGCACAUAUGUACAGAUAUGCCGUUUGGCGAACAAUGUUUGAAGGUAUCAGACGGUACUGAACUGUUGGUACCAAAUACAAUUAGAAAUUUAAUACCUUCACGUAUUAUUGAUCAAUAUUAUUCUUAUAUAUUAGAAAAUUCACCUGGUUUCUCACCGCUUGGUCUUAACGAUUUAACAAUGGAUAUAAAUAAUAAACGAUCAAUACUUGAUAAUAUCAAACGUGCACGAAUGUAUUUAAAAUCCGAUUACAGAGUGCAUGUUAGCAAAUCAUCAACAGUAGCAGAUCAUUGUGCUAAUUUUGCACUAUCUUGUCCAAAAGAUAAAGAUUAUCAACAAAAGUGUGACCAUAAUCAUGAUGAUAUAUGUGAUGAGUGUCAAAAUCUUUCCACAACUUUAGAAAGGAUUGAAAAUGAAAUUAAAAGUAAUAUCGAAAAUGAAGAAUUCUUAGACAGAACGUUAGCCAAGUUAAAUAUAUCUCGUGAAGCAAUUACGGCUUUUAAAAGUCAUCUUUUACGAUCAGUUAACCAAGAUCUUUCCAGGCAAGAAUUGUUAGAAAAUUUAGAUGAUGACAGUAUUUAUAUUUUUAUGGAUUUUGCAAUGAAAUGGCUGUCGGAGCUUUUUAUGGAAUCACAGGAAAGCUUUUUCGGUAAACGUGGCCUCAAUGAUGAUAGUGAUAAUUCAUCAGAAAGUGAAGAAGAACAUAAUUUUUCAACAAAAAUUUAUUCUAAUAAGGUAUUUGUACAUGUAAUGGAGCAUUGUACACAAGAUAGUGAAGUUGUUACAGCAAUAUUGCAUGACGUUUUAAAAAGAAUAAAAGCAGAAUCACCAUCGACUCAACAUGUAUUUUUACGUAGCGCAGGUUGCUACCACUCAGCAGCUACAAUUCUAUCACUACAACAAGUAUCAAAGGAAACAGGAAUCAAAAUUGAACGUAUGGACUUCUCAGAUCCACAGGCUGGAAAGUCUAUUUGUGAUAGAUAUGCUGCAAUUAUCAAGGCCAAUUCAUACAAUGGUGUGAAAGGAGUACAAGCAUUUGAAUGUAAAUUAAUUAGUAAUAAAGAUAAACCAACAUUCUCAAUUCCUAAAAUUUCUACUACGUACAAUUUCGGUUUUGAAACAAAUGGUAUUCGUCUUCAUCGCGCAUGGAAAGUUGGUGCAGGAAAAUUCAUUUUAUGGAAAGAUUUAAAAUGUGCAAAUGUUAUUAGUCAUCUACAAUGUGUGGAUUCCGGUUCUAGGCCACAUGUAUUAUCAACUAUGACAAACACUGGUAUUAAAAGUAAAGAAUCGACCGCAUCAUAUACUACUACAACCACAGCUGAGAUUCGUCAUGAUAUUAGUUCUACGUCUAGUAAAUUGUAUGAAUGCCCGGAAGAAGGAUGUGUUGCGUCAUUCAUCAAAAACGGUUAUUUGAUCAAUCACAUUACUAGUGGUAAACAUCGAAGAAAAGUAGAACGUAUAUCUAUGAAAGAUCAAGGUAUACAUCUUUAUCAUUCAAAAUUAGAAACAAUCGGCGAUAGGCGUAUGAUAUCAUUGAUGUUAGAAUCUACUUCUGCUACUAAAUAUCAAACCAAUAUUGUUAUAGGCUUUGCCAAAAGAGCGUACCGUCACUCGUUUAAAUCCUGCACAAACCCGUUAUUUAACCAACAAAUUUUUCGACGGUUUAAAAAACAAAAUGCGGUGGAAGCCGAAGAAGUGGCUACCGAAAUGCAACAAAAAAAAGGACUAAAUGGAAAGUUUUAUUUUACAUCCAAGGAAUUUCUAAAAGCAGGACAAAUUAGGUCUUUUUUUUAUCGGAUGAAACAACUACAAGAUAAACAACAAUCCGCAGGUAAACCAAUGUCGGACAUACUAUUAUCACCACCGCCAAUAAUAGAAAUUGACGAAGAAGACGAUGAAGAGUUUGAUGAUGAACAGGUGUUCGUUGAGGUGGGACAAAGAGCUGACUUACGCGAGGCUAUGGGAUUGCCUUCGUCUCGUGCAUCCCGUCAGCCUCCAGCACGAGAGCAUACAAUUCCACCAGACAAACGAUUGGCUAAAUCAACCCCUGACGUUAGUGCAAAACAACAUUCUUCGAAGAAAACAAAGCAGUAA